AUGACGACCGGAGAUCUUGUCAAUAUCCAUCCUACAGAGCUCAAGUUCCCUUGUAUCUUCUUCUUCGAUUCUUUCUUGUGCCUCCUUUUCUUCUGUUUCAGAUUCGAUUUCACAAUUGACUUUUGUUUUGUUUACCGAUGUUGUUGCUGGUGGGGUGAAGUUGAGUUGAAGAAGCAGAGCUCGUGUUCGAUGCAAUUGACCAACAAGACGACAACCAAAUACGUCGCUUUUAAGGUUAAAACAACGAAUCCUCGGAAAUACUGUGUCCGUCCAAACACAGGUGUUGUCUUACCCGGCGAUUCCUGCAAUGUUACAGUGACGAUGCAAGCCAUUAAAGAGGCACCUAUGGAUAUGCAGUGCAAAGACAAGUUCCUUGUUCAGACUGUCGUUGUCUCUGAUGGUACUACUUCCAAAGAUGUACUCCCUGAAAUGUUCAACAAGGAGGCGGGUAGAGUCAUCGAGGAUUUCAAAUUGCGGGUUGUUUACAUCCCUGCUAACCCUCCUUCACCUGUCCCUGAAGGAUCUGAUGAAGAAGGCAACUCUCCAAGGAACGACUUUGCUUCUCAAACUGCCUCACUUUUUGAUGACGUGUCAAGAACGCUAGAUGAAACAAAUGAGAAAUCUUCAGAGGCAUGGUCCAUGAUUUCCAAGUUGACGGAGGAGAAGACUAGUGCUAUUCAACAGAGUCAGAAGCUCAGACACGAACUGGAAAUGCUGAGGAAAGAAUCAAGCAAGAAGCAGGCGGGUGGACACUCGUUGCUGUUGAUGGUGCUGGUUGGUCUGCUCGGCUGCCUGGUUGGCUACAUCUUGAACCGGACAUAA